AUGCGGACCCGCGUGCAAACCAGGCCCGACGUGUCAGAGACUCCACAGCGUGCCUGUGACCAGCGUCCAGUGACCCCUCCGGCCGCCCGCCUGGGACGUGACACUUGGCAGAACAGACAGGAGACUCGGACACCUGCGGACGAGAAGGAAGGUUCCUGCAAGGCCACGUCCCUGGGCCCCCAGGUGAGUCCUGGCUGCAAAGAGGCCCCCGCGUGCCACGCCGGUGCCAAGCCAUCCUUGUGUCCGUCUGCCGCCCAGCGAGCUGGGAAGUGCCACCGCUGCGACCAGUGCGGCAAGGCCUUCGCCUACCCGUCGCUGCUGGCCGCCCACGUGCGCACGCACACGGGCGAGUGGCUCUACCCGUGUCCGCACUGCCCCAAGGGCUUCGGGCAGCAGUCGGCGCUGGCCGUGCACCUGCGCACGCACACGGGAGAGCGGCCUUACAAGUGUGCGCACUGCGGCAAGGGCUUCGCCCAGCAGUCCACGCUGGCCGCCCACGUGCGCACGCACACGGGCGAGAGGCCGCACAGGUGCGCGUCCUGUGGCCGCGGCUUCGCCCAGCACUCGUCCCUGCGGCGCCACCAGCGCGUGCACACGGGCGAGCGGCCGUACCCCUGCGGCGAGUGCGGCAGCGCCUUCAGCUGCUCGGCCUCGCUCACCCUGCACAUGCGCACCCACACCGGCGAGCGGCCCUACAAGUGCAAGCAGUGCGGCAAGGGCUUCACCUACGGCUCCGUCUUCACCAAGCACAUGCGCAUCCACAGCGGGGAGAGGCCCUACACCUGCGCCAGGUGCGACAAGGGCUUCUACCAGCAGUCGCACCUGGACGCACACGUGCGCAUCCACACCGGCGAGAGGCCCUACGCCUGUGCGCGCUGCGGACGCGGCUUCAGUGAGAACUCCAGCCUCAGGAAGCACAUGGCCACGCACGCCAGGCAGCGUCCGGCGCCCAAGGCCUCCUAA